AUGAAGGUCUAUUUCGUUAUCCUACUGGUCGCCUGUCUAUCUCCAACCCUGCUUGCCUUCGUGGCACGGGUUCCUUACCUUGACCGUCCUGAAUAUGGCGCCCUGCGUGCGAGGGACACGGAUGAUACCGGGGAUUCUCACAAUGCAACGAGCACGAAUGCGACGAACAAUGCAACAGACAAAGGGAAUUCGACCAGUAAAACAACCGCGACUGCAACACCAGUACCGACUCUGGAAAGCUCAAAUGUAGACGAAGCUGUCACACCUGCUCUUGGUGUCGGUGGCUUUAUCCUCCUGGCUACUGGCGCCAUUCUGGCGCUGAUUGGAGUCAGGAAUCUCUGGGUGCAAGUUUUCCUCUCUUCCGCCUUCCUAACCAGCCUAGGAGUAACAGUACUCAUCGUUUAUGUGAUGAGCCCCCCGGUCCGUGAUGCAAUCCAAGGUGCAUAUCUGGUAGCGAUAUUCUUCACAGGAAUCACAUUCGGAGCACUUGCCAUUGUUUUCAAGGAAUUAGCCGAAGGACUCGGAUGUCUACUAGGAGGUUUCUGCGUGAGCAUGUGGUUGCUUUCCACAAAAUCAGGUGGACUUAUAACGGCAACCGAUGCAAAAGCAGGAUUCAUUGGCGCAAUUUCCGUCGGGUUUUAUGCUGUUUCUUUCAGUCACUACACCCGUGAUUAUGGGCUCAUCGGCGCAACAUCAAUAGCUGGUGGUACGGCUAUCGCCUUGGGAAUCGACUGUUAUAGCAAAGCUGGUUUAAAAGAGUUUUGGCUUUACCUUUGGGCGUUGAAUGAUGAUAUCUUCCCUUUGGGGACGAACACCUACCCCGUCACUCGUUACAUGAAGGUUGAACUCGCUGUCGUCGUGAUUGUGGCUGUCAUGGGCGUCAUCUCGCAAUUAAGGUUAUGGAAAGUUGUCCGCCAGCGAAGAUUGAAAGACGAGGAGAAGCGCCAAGAAGAGCAGAGGAAGAAAGACGAAGCCGAAACCGAAGCCGCGAAACGACUCGAGGAGCAUAAUAUGAAAGAGCGAAUGGAAUGGGAAGCAAAGUAUGGCGACAAUGUAGCCUCAUCUGAAACCUCGACAGCUAUCCCCGAACUAGCAGCUGGUUCACAAACGGGCCGUACCGAUGACGGAAACUUAAAGGACGAUGUGGGUGAAAAGAAAAGUAUCUCGGACUCUGUGGUUUCUUAUCGUUGCUCUGAGUGCAGGGCACAAGGGGAUUGCGAUACAUCUACAGACGCCACCGGAGACACCAAACCCCAGAACCAAGACAAUGUCGAUGAGACAGACAGAAAUGCAGAUCCUAGCCCCGAUACUGAGGCGCCAGGUGGAGGCCUUCCCAAAUGUUUGCACAACAUGGCAGUGGCAGACGACAGGAGCUCUGGCGUGACCGCGAUCGUGGGCUCGGAAACGAUGUCCGUCUACUCAAAACGACUCUCGAUGCUAUCCAGAAAAGCGUCCGUAAAGAGCAACACGAAGUAUCUCUCAGAAUCUCAAGAAGAACUGAUAGCGCGUGACGAUUCUAUGUCUACGAUAGGUGUUGCAGAUGACGUCAACGACGUAGACUCUAAUUGCCAUACCAUUGCCGGGGACAGCCACUACCAAGCCAUGUUGGAUGAGGAGCAACCAGCAGCUCCAACGGAGAAAUGCACUUCCAGUCAAGAAGGCAACAAGAAGUGUGAACCUGAAAAUGGUGAAAGCGCAGCAAAUCUGGUAAAAGAAGAAGCACCACAGGUACUGGAAAGCCCUAAGCCGGAGGAACCGCAGGACAAGGAGGUUGCUUCCAAGGAAUGCACGUCAAAUGUGGAAACACGCCACACCGAGCGACCUGCGGUGAAAGAAAGCGGCAACGGAGAAGUUGAGAGUGGAAAGAAAGCACAAGUUGAUGCUGAAGCUCAACAUCUGGGAGACUCCAUGAAAGCGCCUGCGAUGACAGAAGAGGAUACACAAAAGGUCGAGCAGCAUUCAGACACUGUCAAGGACAAUCCACAAACGCAACAAGGCGAAGCAACUACAAGUGAAUGCAACGAGCGCGGCCAAGCAACGGAAAAGCCUACAGAAAUGGACCAAGCUAGCGAGUCCAAGAACAAGGGUAACGCUCAAGAGGCUCUACAACCGGACAAGGAAUCGACGACAGAACCAGGUGAGGGGGAGUCCGCAGAAAAGGGCCAUGAGGCCGCUAAGAAGCCAGAAGAACCCCCUUCGAGUGAAAAGCCCGAAAAGAAAAAAGAGGAACCGAAGCGAUUAAACGCAGAGACCAUUGAGCAAAUCCCAAAGCAUACAUCAAGAGUUAUCCAAGCCCACCGCAUGAAUGAGUGGGCGAAGCACCUGACGGAUGCCGAGAUCCCUGAACUGGAACCAAUUGAGCCGUUUGAAGAGCACCGAUCAAGCCCAGCUGAGCAAGAAGAGUCUGCAGCACCAGUCAAAGUGACGGAAUUACUACAAACGCCACUGAACGCGCAGCCUCCUCCAGCCGUGGAACCCCGCGUCGCACCCGGACAGGAAACAAGCGAAGAAAACUUCCCGUAUGACUCUCGAACGGGUUCACAAACAAAGAGGAGAUCAAAAUCACCGAGGCGCCUCUCCGGCUUGUCUGUUGGUUCAUCGCAUAGCCUGGCUCAGAAUUUGCCUCCCGCUGUGCAACCACAAUUGGGUAACCUUGUCACUACCUCUUCGGAAACGCUGCUCCCCAAUGCUGCUCCUGCCGAGCAGGGUUACGAGGAAAGUGAGAAAACAAAACCUCAAUGGAAAGGACCGGCACCUCUGAUUGCAGUACGCGAGGACAUGAUGCGAAAUCGACUGUCGUCGGUGUCCCUCCCAACCGAUCCCUACGCAAGACAUAGCACCGCUCAGUCAACCCUUGACUAUUCAGCGCGGUACCCCUCCACCUUCCCAAUAGCUGAAGAGGAUGACGAUGAUAUCCCCCUGUCUCAGCGCCGGACAAUGCUCCACCAACAGGGUAGCCCGAUCUCACCAAUAGACGUAGCCUCGACGCCAAAGAGGUGGAGUAGCAGUGGGGUGCCGUCGAGAGCAAACUCUCCAGCAGUUCUGGCAGCUUGGCGGGAGUCUGUCCGGGAAGAUCUCAAGGAGAAGCGCAACCCGCUCAAGCUGACCACCGGCGGCCAGUUAGCGUCACCCACACCGAUGGGACCUGGCGAGCGCAGCUCGACACCAUUCUACCAACUAGGACAGCGCAAUGUGUCGUCGCCGGGCAUGAUUGGGGACAAGAUCGCUGAAGGAAUGCAACGAGGCGACAUGAGCGAGCUGCAUCGGGAGGCCAUGCGGCGGAUGCAAGCCAAGGCCAAUAAAAGCGUCAAUCGGCUCGUAUGA